UAAAAUUUCUCUCUUCUUUCUCUGUAAACAUCACCUAGCUCUGUGCCCACUGUGGCUCUCUGGAGAGAUGCAAGAAGUUAUUUGAGUCUGAGUGAGCGAGCCAGCUACAGCUAUGGAUGGCUAGAGAGAGGAUAAAUACAUCUAGAGAGAUGAGGUGAUGGAUAGGUAGGGAACGAAUAUAAAUAUGGAGAGAGAUGGACGAAUGGAGAGAUGGAUUGAGACAGAGAAUAUAAAGUGAGGCUGAGGGAGAGAAAUGGAUGUGUGAAUGAGGAGAGAGCAUUUAUGCGGAGAGGUGGAAAGAGAAGUGGGGCGUUUCUCAUCCUCCUCUCCACAUUUCUGUCGUCCUGCCUUGUUCCCUUAAAUGCAUUUCCCACCACUCAGUUAAUGAAUUUUUCCUCUAGACUCUAGACCCUGCCCCAUCCUUGGGUGUUUUGCACCCUCUUCCUUCACAGUUAUCCAUUUGGCCCAAGAAUAACAUGCCUUCCCCUGCUGUCCCAUCCUCAUCGCCCCAAGAUAAAUGGGGAGAAAGAGACCAGCGGUGGGCGUUUGGGGCAAAGUAAGGGGGCUCAAUUUCCCAUCUACAGUCUUGGGGUGGAGGAAAGCUCCUUUGGGGGUGGGAAGAGUGAAGGGCAGCUGGGUUGAAUUUGUCCAAAUCUAAUAACCCGGGAGCCUAUUGAAGGCCUUGGGGGUUGGGAGGGGAGGAAAGUCUUGAAUAUUCCUCUAACUUUUACCCCCUCUCCCUCUGGUCCCUUCUUUCCAAAAGUCUUUGAAGAAAGAUGUUUUUGACGCUUCCACGUCGCUCUCAGAUGGAUGGGCUGCGGGUGAUUGAAGUGUCUUUGUCAUGCUAAUGCUUGGGGGGUGAUGGAUGGGCGCUGGGGCUGCCAAACUCUGGCCCGCUGCGCCCAUUGGCCUGGGAGAGAUCACAUGCGCCCCUCCACCCCCACUCCCUACCCCCUUCCUGGGGGAGCCCUGGCCCAGGCGAGCUGGGCCAGGCCAUGGAUGCAAGCUUCAGCGCUGUGACAUACUGCCGAAAGGUUGUAGGGCAAGAGGGUGUCUCCCCCAAACGGGCCGACCCUCCUGCGGCCUCCACGCAUGGACUAUAAUAGGAUGAACUCCUUCCUAGAGUACCCACUCUGUAACCGGGGACCCAGCGCUUACAGCGCCCACAGCGCCCACAGCGCCCCUACCUCCUUCCCCCCCAGCUCCGCUCCGGCUGUUGACAGUUACGCAGGCGAGACCCGCUAUGGUGGGGGACUGCCCAGCCCCGCGCUCCAGCAGAACUCAGGCUAUCCCGCCCAGCAGCCGCCCUCGGCGCUCGGGGUGCCCUUCCCCAGCUCCGCGACCUCGGGGUAUGCCCCGGCCGCCUGCAGCCCCAGCUAUGGGCCCUCUCAGUACUAUCCUCUGGGCCAGCCGGAAGGAGAUGGAGGCUAUUAUCAUCCUUCGAGCUAUGGGGCCCAGCUAGGGGGCUUGUCCGACGGCUACGGAACCGGUGGAGCGGCCCCCGGGCCCUACCCUCCGCCCCCGCAGCCCCCUUUCGGGAGCGAGCAGGCGGCGAGCUUCGCGUCGGCCUAUGCUGAUCUCCUCUCCGAGGACAAGGAGUCGCCCUGCCCGUCAGAACCCAGCACCCCCACGGCCCGGACCUUCGACUGGAUGAAGGUUAAGAGGAACCCACCCAAGACAGCGAAGGUGUCGGAGCCCGGCCUGGGCGCGCCUGGCGGGCUGCGCACCAACUUCACCACGAGGCAGCUGACGGAGCUGGAGAAGGAGUUCCAUUUCAACAAGUAUCUGAGCCGGGCCCGGAGGGUGGAGAUCGCCGCCACCCUGGAGCUCAACGAGACGCAGGUCAAGAUUUGGUUCCAGAACCGGCGCAUGAAGCAGAAGAAGCGUGAGCGCGAGGGAGGCCGGGUGCCCCCAGCCCCGCCGGGCUGUCCCCAGGAGGCGGCCGGAGACGCCUCCGACCAGUCGACGUGCACCUCCCCGGAGGCCUCGCCCAGCUCCAUCACCUCCUGAAUGAAACCUCCUACCGUCGGGGCUCCGCGGCCCCGGAGCGCCCCGGGCCAGCCCUCUCCUCCGCCCUCCCUAACCAGGCCUCGGCAGUAGUGUCCCGGGCGACCCUCGCCAAGGCCGGCGCGCAGGCUUACAGCUGCCUGUGGGGGGAGCGGGGAACCACUUCUUCCCUGUUAGGUGCGGGUGGGGUGUUGCUGGCUGGGGACACUACAGGACCAGAGGCAGGGAGACAAGGAACCUGUCAGCUUUGGAGGGAGGGGCUUCCUUCCGCCUUUCAUCUGGGGCUCAGCACCUGGGAGGGGAGGUAGGAGCAAAGCCUCCUCCUCCCCAAUUCUCCUCUCCCUGCCGACUUCCGCGUGUUCAGUUCAGUGCCUUUGAGUCUCGAGGACUCUUCUCCUGCGUUCAGACCCUAACUCCCCCCUUCUAGGCCAAGACACUGGGAAGGCCUUGAAAUUUCUCUUGGGGGAGGCUUCUGGGUGCAGGCAUAUUAUCGAUGCUCAAUCUCUGCAGUCACCACAGACCUUACAAUAGCACCAGCUGCCUUGUGACAGACCAAAAAGCCCCCCAACACCCUCCGCCCCAUUUAACCUUAUUAACUCCCUCCCCGCACGGUUGUAUUGCACUAACGCAGCCUCCAGAGGUUGUUUUCUGAGACCUGCCUCCUCCCACCAGCAACCUCAUCUCUAAGCCACCAAAGUGUUUUGGAACUUGGUACUCUGGAGACUUAUGGAACGUUGUUGUCAUUCGAGGCUUGCCCUCAGCAAGCCUCUACCAGGAAGGCGCAGGCACGCCCCCACCAGUUCCUCCCCUAUUUAUUGCCUCCUGGAAAACCCAGGACCCUCCUCCCCAACUCCAUCCACCUCUACCCCUGAGGCAUCCUAGGGAGGCCCAGGUGCAGUGAGAGCUAGCAGCAGCAAACAUUUCUCUGAACCUUAGCAACAGUGGAGGUGCCACCGGAGUUUCUGGAAACCAGAGCCCCAAGCAAACCGGGUUCUCUCUGUACCUCUAGCUACCUCAUUUCAAUAAAGUCUGUGU